GCCCCCCGACCCUCCAGGCCGGCUGCCCCCGCGUGACCUGACCCUUCGCCGCCCAUGCGCCGCCGCCCGCACCAUGCGGAGCUGUCCGCCCUGGAGGCUGCUGCUGCUGCUGCUGCUGCUCUCGCUGUGGGGGCCGCUGCUCCACAGGGCGGAGACAGGCUCUGAGGGGCAGACGGCGGGGGAGCUGUACCAGCGCUGGGAACGCUACCGCUGGGAGUGCCAGGAGACGCUGGAAGCCGCGGGGCCCCCAGCAGGCCUCGCCUGUAAUGGGUCCUUCGAUAUGUACGUCUGCUGGGACUACGCCGCGCCCAACACCACUGUCCGUGCGUCCUGCCCCUGGUACCUGCCCUGGCACCGUCACGUGGCUGCAGGCUUUGUGCUUCGCCAGUGUGGCAGUGAUGGCCAGUGGGGACCUUGGAGAGACCAUUCUCAGUGUGAGAACCCAGACAAGAAUGGGACCUUCCAGGACCAAAGGCGGAUCUUGGAGCGGCUACAGGUGGUUUACACCGUGGGCUACUCCCUGUCCCUGGCCGCACUGCUGCUAGCCCUGCUCAUCUUGGGUUUCUUCAGGCGGCUGCACUGCACUCGCAACUACGUCCACAUCAACCUGUUCAUGGCGUUCAUGCUGCGGGCGGCAGCCAUCCUCACCCGGGACCGGCUGCUGCCUCCGCCGGGCCCCGCCCCUGGGGGCCAGGCCCCUGUUCUGUGGAACCGGGCUAUAGCCACCUGCAGAACAGCCCAGAUCGUGACCCAGUACUGCGUGGGCGCCAGCUACACGUGGCUACUGGUGGAGGGCAUUUACCUGCACAGCCUCCUGGUGCUCAUGGGAGGCCCCAGUGGGGGUCACUUCCGCUGCUACCUGCUCCUCGGCUGGGGGGCCCCCGCGCUUUUCGUCAUUCCCUGGGUGAUCGUCAGGUACCUGUACGAGAACACGCAGUGCUGGGAGCGGAACGAGGUCAAGGCCAUUUGGUGGAUCAUACGCACCCCUAUCCUCCUGGCCAUUUUGAUUAAUUUUUUCAUCUUUAUCCGUAUUCUUGGCAUACUCGUGUCGAAGCUGAGGACACGGCAGAUGCGCUACCGGGACUACCGGUUGAGGCUGGCUCGCUCCAUGCUGACGCUGGUGCCCUUGCUGGGUGUCCACGAGGUGGUGUUUGCUCCCGUGACGGAGGAACAGGCCCGGGGCCACCUGCGCUUCGCCAAACUGGGCUUUGAGAUCUUCCUCAGCUCCUUCCAGGGCUUGCUGGUCAGCUUCCUCUACUGCUUCAUCAACAAGGAGGUGCAGUCGGAGAUCCGCCGUGGCUGGCACCGCUGCCGCCUGCGCCGCAGCCUCGGCGACGAGCCGCGCCAGCCCCCGGAACAUGCCUCUUCGACCCUGCCGUUGGGCUCGGGAUCCCGCCAGAUCGCAACUGGCCACACCCUGUCCUCAGGGAACCUUCCAGGGCCUGGGGAUGAGGCUGGCCAGGCCUUGGAAAGUUACUGCUAGGCGGCGGGAUUCCUGCGACCGUUCAGUUAGCAUGUAUUCAUUGAGUGUCCACUGUGUACCCUGCCCCUUGUGGAGGGCGCUGGGGAAAUGGGGGCUGGGUGGGGGGAGGAAACAGAAGACAAGGUCCCUACUCUAGAGUACACAACUGAGUGGGGGGAAGCAGACCGUGAAGACAGUACAAGUUAUAUAUACACUGUGGAAUGGCUUACGCAGAAAAAUUAGAAGGGUGCCUAGGGUGGUCAGGGAAGGCAUCUCUGAGGAGGUGACAUUUAAGCCACGAUUACAAGCGGUGAAGGAGACAGCUUUGGAGAGAACUGGCAGGCAAGAUUCUAGGCAGAAGGAACAGCACCUGCAGAGGCGCUAGGGCAGGAAGGAGCUUGGCCUUGUGAACAGAGGUGGCUUUCACGGCUGGAGUGGAGAUGAGUCAGAGCCAACAAAUGCAGACAGUGGGCAGGGGUACAAGAGUUGGGAUUUAUUCCAGGUGCACUGAAAAUUCUUAGCAGGAGCGUCUCAUGGGCUAAUGUAUUUUUAAUUUAUUUAAUUUAUUUAUUUUUAGAGGGGAAGGG